AUGCUGUGGGCACCACCCUUCCUGCUCUUGCUGCUCCUGCUGGAGAUGUCAGCUCCCGCCCAUGCCUGGUCUCGGCCCCUGUGGUACCAGGUGGGGCUGGACUUGCAGCCCUGGGGGUGCCAGCCAGACAGCCUGGAGAGUUGUGGGGUCAGCCUGGGCUGUUCCGGCCACUGGAUGGGGGGGACGAACCCCAUCUACCCUGUGGCGGGGGUCAUGCUCACCAGUGCCAUGAUGCUGAUGAUGGGCCGCAUGAUGCUGCAGCGGUGGGGCUCACAGGCCAUCAAGAGUGAGCCUCCGCAGGUGACCACUCACACCUCGGGACCCUAUAAACGGCGGACCCCAAUCUCAGACCACGCCAUACUGCUCACCGUCCUGCACAUGCUGGAUGCCCUCCUGGCCCAAAUCCAGGGCCAUCUGCAGCAUCUAGCCUGUCAGAAGCCAAGGCAAAUAAAGGGGACUCCCGCCCAGAGUGGGUGACCCAGCAUAUGCCUUCUCUUUGACUGGUGGCCAACUGGGGUGGGGAUGGCCUGAGGCUCUGGGUCAGGCUUGGGACUGUGUGUCUGUUCUCCCAGGCCGGCUUGGACCCUGUACCCCCUUUCUACUCAUAGAACCAGCAGAGCUGUUGAGGCCUCAGUGCCCAGGAUGGGUGGGCAGGCGGGGCCCAGGCGGCUCACACUGCUCCAUUGCCCACUUCCAACUGACUCCUCCUUCCUAAGGACUUCACCCAGAAAUGCAACUGCUAUUCUGGAGCUCCUCAGGGGGCCCCCCAGUGGGGUACGAGAUGUGACCAUCAUGAGGUCAGACUUGGGUGGUCCAGGGAGGGACACCCAGAGGUGACGAGCCAGGGCUCCUGGAUGAGCUUCAGGGCCUGAGUUGGGGGUGGGAGGUGGAGAGUGAGCCCUGGCUGCCUCCACCUUUGGUGUCUCGGCAUGUGCUCUGGGGCCUGUGUGGUCCUUGCUUCAAGGCCCCUGUAAGUGGAGUGAGGGCUGAACCUCCCCAAAGGGACCCUCACCCCCUUCAUCCCUCCCUUCUGCCCUAGGCAACCCAGGUUCAGUGGGUACUGAACUUGUGCAUUUUUAGGAUCUCUGUUUUAGAAAAAAUAUAUAACAUGAAUUCAAAACUAGAAACAAGUAAAUUAAAAUAGUGAGAAAGGAAAACAUGACAAAUUACAAAUGUUAAAAUAUUGGCAAAUACUACAAUGCAAAAUCCACAACAACAUUUUGCAGUGUCUCCCCGACACAUUUCUGUGAUACUUUUUCCCUACAUUUUCUGUCUGCUCCCUCUGGUGGCUUCUACAUAGAAUAAGGAUUUUGUGAUUUGGGGGGAAAAUAUUUUCCAUACAGAGAAUAGAAAGAUAAUUCAGUCUUCCUUCUAACAUGGUUGAUUGAGAUUUGUGUUUUAAUUAUUGAUAGCUUAGAAAGCUUAUUUCUCUCCUAACUUGUUAUUGACAGUGUCACAUAAAUGGCCUGGGUUGUUUUCAAAUUUGCGAAACUUGCAGCAACUUUCUUUCAUAAUAGAUGCUGUAUGAUUUGGAAGAAUUUGCCACAGAUGAGCUUCUGGCUCCACACAUUUCAAACCUUGUUUUCCCUCCAUAGCCCACAGUUUUUCUAGCCCUGGGCACUGGGGGCAGGUUCUACAUCCAUAGGACGUUGCACUUCUGUCCUGACCAGCAGGAGGUCCCUAGAGGCCAUUCCUACAGGACAGGAACUAAUGAUACACAGCUAAUCAUGAGCUAAUGAUACACAGGAGUGGAGCAAACCACAUAAAUAUGUCCCUCUAAACCCAAACCAAGUGUCCUAUGGUAGAUGUGCUGCCCAUGUCCCCCUUCAAGGAA